AAAAAAAAAUGGUCCUACCUCUUAAUACUAUUAGGAUGGCAAUUAAGUUUCAACAAGAGUUUUAAUUAAAUUUGAACUUGAGUUUUUCAGGGGACAUUCAAAGUGUAGCACUCACUAUCUCCCAUCCCCAGUACCCAAGUGCUUCAACGCUGCCGCCAGAGCGGGAGUGACUGAGUGCCCAUUGCCACCCCCACAGGUGUUCGUGGUCCCCAGCAUCCCUGAGCUGCCAGGAGUGAGGGUGGCUACUCCCCGAGGCCUGGCUCCAAGGAGGAUGCCUCAGCCGCCUGCCAGCUCCGGUCUGCACCAUGAGUGAUGAGCAGCAGCUGCCUGGCAGUGCAGUGGGCUGGCUGGCAUGUGGGGGCCUCUCCCUGCUGGCCAACGCCUGGGGCAUCCUCAGCAUUGGCGCCAAGCAGAAGAAGUGGAAGCCCCUGGAGUUCCUGCUGUGCACACUCUCGGCCACCCACAUGCUCAACGUGGCCGUGCCCAUUGCCACCUACUCCGUGGUGCAGCUGCGGCGGCAGCACCCCGACUUUGAGUGGAAUGAGGGGCUCUGCAAGGUCUUCGUGUCCACCUUCUACACCCUCACCCUGGCCACCUGUUUCUCCGUCACCUCCCUCUCCUACCACCGCAUGUGGAUGGUCUGCUGGCCUGUCAACUACCGGCUGAGCAAUGCCAAGAAGCAGGCGGUACACACAGUCAUGGGCAUCUGGAUGGUGUCCUUCAUCCUGUCGGCCCUGCCCGCUGUUGGCUGGCACGACACCAGUGAACGCUUCUACACCCAUGGUUGCCGCUUCAUCGUGGCUGAGAUCGGCCUGGGCUUCGGCGUCUGCUUCCUGCUGCUGGUGGGUGGCAGUGUGGCCAUGGGCGUGGUCUGCACAGCCAUCGCCCUCUUCCAGACGCUGGCCGUGCAGGUGGGGCGCCGGGCUGACCACCGCGCCUUCACCGUGCCCACCAUCGUAGUGGAGGAUGCGCAGGGCAAGCGGCGCUCCUCCAUCGACGGCUCGGAGCCUGCCAGAACCUCCCUGCAGAUCACGGGCCUCGUGACCACCAUAGUCUUCAUCUACGACUGCCUCAUGGGCUUCCCUGUGCUGGUGGUGAGCUUCAGCAGCCUGCGGGCCAACACCACAGCACCCUGGAUGGCGCUCUGCGUGCUGUGGUGCUCCGUGGCCCAGGCCUUGCUGCUGCCUGUGUUCCUCUGGGCCUGCGACCGCUACCGGGCCAACCUCAAGGCUGUCCGGGAGAAGUGCAUGGCCCUCAUGGCCAACGACGAAGACUCCGAUGACGAGACCAGCCUGGAAGGUGGUGUCUCCCCAGACCUGGUGUUGGAGCGCUCCCUGGACUACAGCUAUGGAGGUGACUUUGUGGCCCUAGACAGGAUGGCCAAGUAUGAGAUCUCUGCCCUAGAGGGGGGUCUGCCCCAGCUCUACCCGCUUCGGCCCUUGCAGGAGGACAAGAUGCAAUACCUGCAGGUCCCACCCACGCGGCGCUUUUCCCACGACGACGCGGACGUGUGGGCCGGCGUCCCGCUGCCCGCCUUCCUGCCGCGCUGGGGCUCCGGUGAGGACCUGGCUGCCCUGGCGCACCUGGUGCUGCCCGCUGGGCCCGAGCGGCGCCGCGCCAGCCUCCUGGCCUUCACGGAGGACGCGCCCCCAUCCCGCCCCCGGCGCCGCUCGGCGGAGAGCCUGCUGUCGCUGCGGCCCCUGGCUCUGGAUGGCGGCCCGCGGCGGGCCCGCGACUCGCCGCCUGGCAGCCCCGGCAGCCCGCGCCACCGCCCCGGGCCCGGUCCCCGCUCCGCCUCGGCCUCGCUGCUGCCAGACGCCUUCGCCCUGACCGCCUUCGAGUGCGAGCCACAGGCCCUGCGCCGCCCGCCUGGACCCUUCCCCGCUGCGCCCAAUGGCACCGACCCGGGAGAGGCCCCGAUGCCCCCAGGCAACGCCCAGCGGAGCCCCGGGCCGCGCCCCGCUGCACACGCGCACGGCGGCCCCCUGCGCCCAGGCCUGAGCGCGUCGUGGGGCGAGCCUGGAGGGCUGCGCGCGGCGGGCGGUGGCGGCAGCACCAGCAGCUUCCUGAGCUCGCCCUCUGAGUCCUCGGGGUACGCCACACUCCACUCGGACUCCCUGGGUUCGGCGUCCUAGGACAGGCGGCGCCUCCGCACAGACGCCAGGCAGGCCGAGCCGCUGGUGAGAGGGCGUUGGCCUCGGCGUUUGUCUUCCGGCUCCUCCCAGCUGGCCUUGUCCCGAGGGUGGCAGCUGCCCCAGACUACUGCGCUGGGCAUGGCAUCUCCGGAGCUGAGUGAGGCCGCCACUGGACAGCUGAGUGAUGUUCCAAGCUUGGGCUUGGGUAGUGAGUGAUGUGCACGUCCAGCUGCGCCAUCACCAGCCCUGGGUAACAGGACUGGGGGAAUAGGGAACCCUGAGACAUGGCCACCUGGGGACCGAACAAAACCCUGCCUUGGAGGGGCUGAGCUGGAGCCACUGGCUGGCCCAGGCUUUCCACCACACUGCAGUAACUGCCACACCCAGGGAAUGCGUGGGUGGGGGAUACAGAAGGUCUCUAUGCACAGGGGUCUUCAGAAACCCAACAGGCUCUGAUCAGGUCCUGUCCUGCCUCAGUUUCCCCAUCUGUGAUGAGCAGGUGACAUUAACUCUCAGGGCUGUUGAAGUCUCUUGGUCAUGGACCUUGGCCACUGAGUGGCCCAGGUGUGAGAGGUAGUCUAGGGCCCUUUGCGGCCCCCCUCCCCCCAGGCUUGAGGCCUCUCACUGUAUGACCCCCUGCCCCCUUGGGAACCCACACUCCACCCCAGCUAAGCACAACACACUGCACCACCAACAUUGGCACCUCAGCCAUCUUGACCACCAUUAGUGUCCCUACCCUCAUUACUCUGCCAUGGUUGCCUGUCCCCACCACAUCAGCACUGCUACUCCCACCCCUGUGGCUCCUGCCAUGACACUGACAGGUGCAGGCGGAGAGCACGAGGGCAGCAGGGCCUGGGCUUCCGUGUCCCCAGGUCAUCCACAGCCUCACUUCCCACCUGUACAGGCCUGGCCAGGAAGGGAUCCUGGCAGGGGCUUCCAGGUUCUCAGCUCAAGACCUGGCCCCAGGCAAGCGUCCCACCCCUGGGAGCAAUGCAUUUCUUUGCCUUCCUCCUGGGCAGACCCGUUACAGGCCCGGACAUUGCCAUGGGCCCUGCAUCUUCCCAGGCUAAGGAGAGCCAGGAAGUUAUGACUUUCAGCUGGUGAAAUAGGGCAGAUACAAACGCUGUCUCCUUCAGACCCUUACCCCUAUACAGUGGCCCUUCAACGUGAAGACCUGAGGCAGUUUCCAAGGUCAGCAUAGAGCCUGCCUGUGCCCAAUUCCCCCUGGUCUUCAGGUGGCCAAGCCCAUCUUGUCACUCUUCAGAUAGGGUCCCACUCCCAGAAGCAGCUGCUGGGGUGGGGUGGGGGGCUGCCUAAGUCUGUCUGUGCUUCAGAGGGCCCUCCAGUCCCUGGCUGUGGGGUAACUGGGGGUAUGAGCUGGCCACAGGUGAGCAAGGCAGGGAACUGCAAUCCAGCCCUGGCCGCAGGAGGGGCCAUCUGUGGCCAAUGCUGCUGUGCCUUCAAGGACUAACGUCAUUUAGGGGCAGAGGUCACCAGCUAGCCAUCAUCUCCUCCAUCUGGGGGUCAUCUGUCCACUUGUCCCCUUAGAUUUUCACUCAUUUGUCACUUUAGGUUUUUGCUCUGUGUUUCAUAUCCAACGGCAAUACUUGCAGGGGGACAGAGUCCUCCAAAUCGCUCCAGUCCUACAGUUUUUACAAAAAUAAGGGGAGGACCCCAGAUGGAGGACCCUGGGCCCGGAGCUCUCCCCCACACUCUGUCCAGCCUCCAGGCCUGUUUGCUGCGUUUCUAAGGAACUUGAUCCUGGCUAACUGGGGAGGGAGCUGUCUUCAUAGCACACCCAGAGCCAGGGAUUCCUCUGUAGUUUUUUGACAAUUGAGUAUUUCUCUUCUGUACAGGACCCAAUAAAAACUUCCUUACGAUUUGCA